GGUCUGAGGUUUUGAAAUGCAUAAACGAGGUGGGCACUGUGGAAAAGGACGCCAUGGACAUGGUCACGGGCAUGGUCAUGGGCACGGUCACGGUGGUGGUGGACACAGACACGGCUGUGGUCAAGGACAGGGAUGUGGGCCCAAACGUAGACGCAGGCCAAAGCGUGGUCACAAGCACGUGACGUGUCACAAGAAAGGAAAGGAUUGUCAUGGGUCGUCCAGCAGCUCCUGCAGCAGCAGCAGCAGCAGCAGCAGCAGCAGUAGUAGCGACUCCGAUUAAAUGAAGACUCCUGAAUCAUCUGGAAACUUUUGUUCUUUCUCUCAAUGCAACAAUCAAAUGAGGCUGUAUCUCAAAACUAUCUAUAAUUCAGGUCUGUACAUGUAAACAAGCUCAUGCCUGUCACAUGUAAAACACACAUUGGUGCUUCACUGACGUAUGGUCACGACUCAAACACUAAAGUAAUUAAUUUGACAGUGAAACCAGAGACUGACACAUGAAUCCUCAGUCACUCUCUCCUCAUUGAUGAUGAGAUGAGACAUUUCAGGUUGAAUAGAUAUUACAUUUAGGUGGAUUUGUUGGUUUUCUCAGCUGUUUUUGCCUUUUGACAACUUUUGUUUAUGUGGCUUCGUAUAGAAUACAAAGCUGUGUUGUUUGGGCCUCUUUCAAUGAUUUUGAUGAAGUGUAAGUGUAGAAAAUUAAAACAAU